AUGAACUGCCUCUCGUACCUGAAAAUCAAAGAGACGGAGGAGUUUAAGCAAUUCGCCCUGCGAGAAACCGGAACGACAUCGAGCGAUACGGUGUCGACUUCCAUAUCGAAGGAUAAAAAGACGAUAACGACGGUGACUCGAGUCGUGCCUCAGCUGGAUUUACCGUGGAUGAUUCGUAAAACCGUUUUGAAAGGCCAAGCGGUGGAGUUUUUAGACAGCAGACAGUUUGAAGGAGGAGGGGCUUCAAGGCGAGCGCCGUUUACGCAAAAGUUUCAAAGUCUGAACAACAUAUCCACGGCGGCGGAAGUUUUGGGGGAAGUGACGUUCGCGAGACAUCCGGAGUUUCCCGAGGAGAAAACGACGGUGAUUGUGGAAGGGUUAGCGGCGGUGAGUAUUCCCGGAAUGGGGAAGCAGAUUGAGAAGAUAAUAGUGCAAAAUUUGGAAAAGACGUACCAGUCGUUGCCAAAGUUAAUAGACGGAUGGAACCUCAUGGGUAUGGCAGAGGAAGAGUUGACGUACUUUCCGGAGCCGGAGGAGAUUGCGGUGGAAGAGGAGGAGGAAGACGAAGAAGAUUCUUCUAAGACGGAAUCUGCGGCGAUGGGCGGCGGCGUUUCGAUUGAAGCGGCGGCGACGAAAGCGGCGAGGGAUAUCGAAGCCGCCGCCUCGUUUAGGAAAGACGGUAGUAUAAUAACUUCCCCGCGUCGCGCCGCUCAACGAGCUGCAGCGCUGCGAGAACUCGCCUCAAAACGGAACAAUGGCCGUGCCAGGCGGUGGGUAUCACUUUCAAGCAGCACGACGCGGAAAGGAGGCGGAAUCUUAUCGCCUUGGAUUUCUCCGUGGAGUUCGCCGUCGAAAGGAAAGAAAUCGUUAUUUGAGGCGCGAGAACGGUUGUUGGCGAGGAAUAAGAAACGUAGGAGGAAAGGGUUGUUUUAUUAUUGCGGCGGAGCGGCGUUUGCACCGGUGGUCAUUUUUCUUUUGAUUGUCAUGUGCACGUGGUUCGCACUCCUCGUUGGAUUUUUACCGGAAGUUCCCGAUUUAACCGAGCGGUCUGGACUGAGCAUAGCUUCCGUGCACGACGAAAGUAAUAGUAUAAGUAACGAAGUAGUCAUCGAAGAUGCCAAAUGGCUCGGUAAACGGAGAAGAAAAAACAAGCACGAAAACGACGACGACGAAUAUAAAAUAAGCGAGACUAGUAGCGGUGGUGGUAGGAGUAGUAGGAGUAGUAAUGGUGGUAGCGGUAGAACUAGAAGCAAUAGCGAUAACGCGAACAAAAACGAGUGCGCGGAUUCGAAUCCUUCAUGCGCGAUGUGGGCGUGCGACGGCGAGUGCGACGCGAAUCCGUCCUUUAUGUCCCAAUCGUGUCCUUGCGCGUGCGAAGGCAUGACCAAGAUGAAGAUAAACAAUCCCGAAACGUUAGAUUUCGACGACGACGAGUUUCAGUUACACGUUGAAUGGUACGACGAAAAGAGCAGCGAGCGUCGGCGCGGAUCGAUUCGGAUCACACUGGAUGCCAAAAACGCGCCAAAAUCUUCCGAACUCGUUCGAGAAACCAUACGAACCGGCGCGUGCGCGAGACAUUCAUUUUGUGGCGCAUCCAAGUGUCAGUUUAAUCGCGUGGAGAACGCCUAUGGGCUCGUACAAGGCAAGUUCGCCGGUAUAGGCAAACUUGGCGGGAAUUUCGGCAAGCGCGCGGAAGGCGCGUCGGAUUCGUUCUCGUGGGAUCGCGGCGUUUUUGGUAGCAUACCUGGAGGGGGAGACGAUUUCUUAAUCGCGACGAAGAAUCAUAAAGAAUGGGACACUGGGUUCACGCCGAUAGACGGAAGAGUUUGUUCAUCCGACGUAUAA